AUGUCUAGAGCCAACGAACAAAUAGCCAGGGCCAUGGAGAUGAUGGCCAUGGCUAUGCAACAGCAAAAUUCCUCUUUUGCUAGGAUGGAGGCGGAGAGAGCUGCAGCUGGUGCGGCAAGGCCCACUGGGUCGCAGGAGAGCCGGGACCUGGCCGAGUUCCGGAAGUGCCAUCCUCCUCAGUUCAAGGGAGAGGCAGAUCCAGAGAGGAGGCUAGCAUACGCGGUGUACAUGCUUGUUGGAGAAGCCGAGCAUUGGUGGAGGGGUACCCAUCAUAUGCUGACUACUAGAGGGGUGGUUGUGGACUGGGAGUGCUUCAGAAGGAUGUUCUUGGAGAAGUAUUUCCCUGAGAGUGUAAGACAUGCCAAGGAAGCUGAGUUCAUGCGCUUGCACCAAGGAGGGAUGACCGUUUCUGAUUAUGCGAUGAAGUUCGAGCACCUAGCUCGUUUUUAUUCGCAAGGCAUUGCCGAGGCUUGGAAGUGUCGGAAGUUUGCAGAGGGAUUGAAAUAUGAUCUGAGGAGAGUGGUGGUGCCUAUGGCCAUCACUGAAUUUCCAGCCUUGGUGGAGAAGGCGAAGGUGGUUGAGCGGUUGGAAGGUGGUAACCGCGGGGUGAAGGCUGCUGAGGGGCCAUCCGGGCAACCUGCUGGUGCUGCUGCUAGUGGAGGACAGGGUGGAGGUGCUGCCCUGAGAUGUUACAGGUGUGGUGGGUCCCAUAUGAUCAGGGAUUGUCCCCACACAGAGAAUCGGUGUUUCAGAUGCCAACAGAUGGGCCAUGUAUCUUCCAACUACCCCGCCAGGACCAGACCAGAGAGGAGUGAUGCUUAG